AUGCCCUCUGCUCCUCCUCUGUCCAAGCGCAAAGACCCACCCACCCCAUUUUGGAACCACCUCCUAAAAACCAAAGGCUCCGGCCUCUACACCUUCUUCGAUGAAGGGCAGUUUAACAACCCCAUUUGUAUCCAAAGCGCCUUGGCCUCUCACGAUACAAUUCAAAAAGACGCUUUCAAAAUACUCAAGGAUAGGAAAGUACAACCUACUAGGUAUAUAUCUGCUGAAGCUCUACAAUCUACGGGUUUAUUUGAUAAUCGAAGAAAACUUCAGAAAAAGUCUGCUAUAGUAUUCCCAGUUGAGCCAGAAACUGAUGAAGCACCCACUAACACAUUCAAGAGUGGUCAUAUAAAGACAGAUAUUGUUUCUGGAAUUGAUGAUAGCGUUGAAUCUUCUAUCAUUUCUGGUGAAAAAUGCGAGGAAGGCAUUGGCAGCGAAUGCCACAGUGAUGAGUUGGUGAUAGGUGAAGACAUCCAAAUAAGAGAACUAUGCAUUUCUGUUCUCAGAAGUCAUGGGCUGCUUGUGGGAGAUUGGUGUAAGAGUGCAAGUGUUCCCACUAAAAUUGUAAGAAAUAAUAAGGGGAGCGACAGUUUCCAAUCCUGUGAGCUAUGCGUUAAUUUAGAUAAUACACUAAAUAUGUUGCUUUGUGAUCAUUGUGAAAAGGCAUUUCAUGCACCUUGCUGCAAUCCAAAGACAAAGAUGUCACCCACUGACGAAUGGUUUUGUCAAUCUUGUUCAAAGCUAGCUGGCAAAGUUUCACUAGAGGCUUCCUUUAUGAAAUCACAAAGCAUCAGUUGUUGCAAUGGAAUUCCUGAAUUUAAGUGGGGUCCAAUAGCGCUCAUGUUAAAAUACCCUGAGCCAUAUACAUCUCGUCCUAGAAUUGGUGGUUGUUUUCAAGCAACAGUUCCUGAAUGGUCUGAUCAAAUGUCCAAGGAUUUUGAUUCCAUUGGUGAGCCACUGGAACUGGAUCCAGCAGAGAUUGUUGGCUUACAUGGAUGCCCUGCGGACAAGUAUCUGGGUGCUAUUAGUAAUUGGCUCCAAUGUCAAGAAGUCUUAUAUGAUGGUACAGGAGAAUAUGCAGAAGGAACCAUAUGUGGGAAAUGGCAUCGGUAA